UGGAGAGGAAAAAAAAAGUCCCUACUUCCUGUCGACGAGCAGGCAGUUUCCGGCACGUGACUGAGGGUUUUUUCUUUUCGGAGAGACUUUGCACGCAGACAUGCCCCUCGCAAAAGAUUUGUUGCAUCCCACUCCGGAGGUGGAAAGGAGGAGACACAAGAAAAAACGUCUUGUUCAGAGUCCUAAUUCCUAUUUUAUGGAUGUGAAAUGUCCAGGUUGUUACAAGAUCACCACCGUGUUCAGCCAUGCUCAGACUGUGGUUCUGUGUGUCGGGUGCUCUACUGUCCUGUGCCAGCCAACAGGAGGGAAGGCUCGUUUGACAGAAGGAUGCUCCUUCAGGAGGAAACAGCAUUAGAUGGAGAGGACUGUGGCUGCACGUGACGUAGAACUCAAUGGACAUCAGUGACGCCACCAAAGUCGUGAUGCAGAAAGAUGACUUGGGGAGUGUGUGGGGGGGUGAAGUGUGGGGUAUUCAUCUGUACAACUUUAAGAGGUUUUCCUGGUCAUGUUGAUACUCCCACACUUCACAUCUUUUAAUUAUUCUCUUAAAUAAAUCUGGGGUUCUCCUGAUGAAACACUUGCUCAUAUUUGCUUACAGUUUUUUUCUUUGUAAAACAAAGAUUACUGGAUCUAAUUUGGCUGAUAGAAGGCAUCAAUCACCUUAAAGUGGCUUUGUGAUGAAAGAUGUAUUCAGUUGGCAAAGAGCAGAGCUUUUGUGCUUUACACUCAAGAGUGAUUAACAUUUGCAGGAAGUUGAUGGCCAAAAAAAAAGCUGAUCAGCCCGAAAGAUGUGCGCAAAAUGAUCGUUGACACUAAAUCAUUUGCAAGACAGAAGAUGAAUGUUGGCUUUUGUUUUAAUGUGUAUUCUCAAUAUGAAAAAUCUGUAUGUUUUUGUUGGAUGCCACACCCCUCCAGAGUGCAGCGUAGUCUCAGAAGAGCCGUUGCGUCUCUGCUUGCAGUUCUCGUGGGUGUGACUUCAUGAUAAUCAAGCCCAGUUAUGAAUAUGCCAGUUCCUGCAAACUUCCUGUGGAACUGACGACGUGGGAUGGAUUCCUGUAAAGCUGCAAAAACAAUGUGUUGCUUAUGAAAAGGAAAGUGGAGGAAUGUGAAUAAUUGAGGUUGUGUGGCCUGCAGUCAGUCUCUCACACCUUGUGUUUGGGCAUGUGGGCCAUCUGCACCCUGUGUUUGCCACAGGUGUAAGCAGACUCUUCAGAAGAAGGAAUCUAAUUUUAACUCUUCUGUCUUUUAUCUGAAACACAACUUGAAAAAUAAAGUGAUUUAAACUGCAAA